UCCAUUGCAGUCUUUCUAGCGCAGAGACUUCACGCCGAUAGUCGCACCUCUCCAUCAUCUGGCUCUCGGACAGACAAGAAACUCCUGAUUUAUUGAGAUAAAACUUUCUACUGGAUGUACGAUUUGCACCUCUUUUAAACUUUCGGCUUGGAUGAGCUUGUAGCCAAAGAGGGGCAAACAAUUACAAGGACAUAUUGUGUUUCCACUGACAAGUAACUAUACAGCACCGCGGGGAGAAAAUCGUCGGGGGGGGGGGACCCUUCGCCAUGUAGCAACACUCUCUAAAAACACGCCUGGAAAUAGAUAGACGAGCCCACACAUCAGCGAGCUGGUUAUUUUUACUUGAAGGAGAAACUACAAAUAUUCUGUGAAGCUCUUCGUCGCAGCUUGGCUCCAGGCAAAAGCGCAGGUUUCCAGAGCAUCUGCUGGUGGAAACAUUUGUCAAGGCGAGAGAAGUGCGAGAGAGGAAGCGACAUGCGGCUCGGUAGGCAGCUGGUGAUGCAGUUCGUCUCCUGGAAUUAGUGGAUGAAUGGGAAGGGAGCGGCUGUAGCCUCGCACCAGGGGGAGAGAAUAUACUGUACAGAGCCUGCGGUGGCACACAAUGGAUACUUGUCCGUCUUUGAAGGUGAAAAAGUGAACGGAUGAGGUGGAGGACUUCUUCCGCAGCACGCACAGUCGACGCAUUGCAACGUUCAUCCGUGGGAGGAGGGGAAAGACUUGGGACUGUUUGUUGUCCACAGGAGGAAUUCAAGGUGACCUCAGAGAUCCAACAGAGACAAAUGUGACAACUAUCAAGAGGAGCUGAUGUACGAUUCAGUCCCAGCUGUCUUGGCAUGAAUCAAUAUGUGUUUGGAUACCUGAGCUGACGGAACGACUGAUCUUGUUACUCUCAUCUUAUUCACCGUGCUUGUUGGGAGUGAAUGUGUGGCCUUGAGGUGUUUUUCGAGGGACCAUAUGGCACAAUACCACACAAUAUAGGUCCCCUUUGUAUGAACUAACAUGGACAAAGUGGUCAUCAGUCUCCUGCUUCUGGGAACCGCAGUUACGAUGGUCCAUGCAUGUCCCAAAUACUGUGUCUGCCAGAACCUCUCAGAGUCUCUGGGGACACUAUGCCCCUCUAAAGGUCUGCUCUUUGUACCGCCGGACAUUGACCGGCGAACUGUGGAGCUACGACUGGGCGGAAACUUCAUUCUCAAGAUCACCACUCAGGACUUUGCCAAUAUGACAGGUCUGGUAGAUCUCACCUUGUCCCGCAACACCAUCAGCACCAUCCAGCCUUUCUCUUUCAUCGACCUGGAGACAUUGAGAUCUUUGCACCUCGAUAGUAACCGCUUGACUGAGCUGGGACCAGAUGACCUCCGAGGGCUGGUCAACUUACAGCACCUGAUCCUCAAUAACAAUCAGCUGAGUCGGAUCUCUAAAGCAACCUUUGACGACUUAUUACUGACACUGGAGGAUCUGGAUUUGUCAUAUAACAACUUGCGCAGUGUGCCUUGGGAAGCCAUCCGCAAGAUGGUCAACCUCCAUCAGAUGAGUCUGGAUCAUAACCUCAUCUCCUUCAUUGCUGAGGGGACCUUUACAGAUCUGGAAAAACUGGCCCGCUUGGACCUGACCUCCAACCGUCUGCAGAAACUCCCUCCAGACCCCAUCUUUGCACGCUCUCAGAGCAGUGUAGUGAUGAGCACUCCUUAUGCACCUCCACUCUCUCUAAGCUUUGGUGGAAAUCCAUUGCACUGCAACUGCGAAGUGCUUUGGCUUCGAAGGCUGGAGCGUGAGGAUGAUAUGGAAACCUGCGCUUCUCCUGCUAGUCUAAAGGGGCGCUACUUCUGGUCUGUUCGUGAGGAGGAGUUUGUUUGUGAGCCCCCUCUAAUUACACAACAUACGCACAAGUUACUAGUGCUGGAAGGCCAAACAGCUAGCUUGCGUUGCAAAGCAGUUGGUGAUCCGAUGCCAACUGUUCACUGGGUUGCUCCUGAUGACCGUUUGAUCAGCAACUCCUCCCGAGCAACGGUAUAUGAAAAUGGCACCCUGGACAUUACUAUCACCACAUCUAAGGAUUAUGGGAUCUUCACUUGCAUAGCUGCCAAUGCUGCUGGGGAAUCUACAGCCUCCAUUGAGCUAUCAAUCAUUCAACUGCCCCAUCUGAAUAAUGGCACAAACCGCACUACACAGUCCAAGUCUGGGCUUUCAGACAUAACUAGUUCUACCAAGAUCAGUAAAGGGGAGCCUAAACCUCUGCCAGAGAAGGUGGUGUCUGUAUCAGAAGUAACCGCUGUCUCUGCUCUGGUCAAGUGGACUGUUAACAAAUCAACUCCAAAGGUCAAAAUGUAUCAGCUUCAGUACAAUUGCUCUGAGGAUGAGGUCCUUAUUUACAGGAUGAUUCCCAUGACAAACAGAGCCUUUGUGGUCACAAAUCUUGUCCCAGGGAUGCAGUAUGACCUAUGUGUUUUAGCCAUCUGGGAUGACACUGCCACCACCCUCACUGCCACCAACAUUGUUGGCUGUGUCCAGUUCAUCACCAGGGAGGACUACCCACAAUGCCAGUCUCUUCAUAGUGGUUUCUUGGGUGGCACCAUGAUCCUGGUCAUUGGCGGCAUCAUUGUGGCUACACUCCUGGUGUUUAUCAUCAUCCUCAUGGUGCGGUACAAGGUGACCAGUGGCAUCCAGACUAAUAAAUUACCCAAUGUGAGCAACACAUACUCUCAAACAAAUGGGGGGUUGAAUAGGUUCAAUGGUGCCCCACCACAAGUCAAAUCCACCAUGGUGGUCAUGCGUGAGGAAAUGGUAGAGUUCAAGUGUGGAUCCCUCCAGAGCAGUCUCUCCUCAUCUUCAUCCUCUUCUAACUCAUUAGACAGCCAGACGGGAAGGAGAGCUGGUGACCGUUACAGCGUGCAGGGUAGUGAAUGCAGCACUCUGCCAAGCAGCAAGUUUAGGAGGCAUGGUGCCAAAUCACGGCCAAAUCUGGACCACCUCUUAGGGGCCUUCACCUCACUGGAGCUGAGGGGUGUAGCGAGGGACCACCAAGGGGCUUCUGCCCCCUCCAACACUUCCAAUGCUAUGAUGACGGUGGCCAUGGUACCCCCGUCUGAUAAAGAACCCCUGCUUGGGAGGGCUGAGUCAACCACCAUGCUGGGACGUCUCCUAGGGCUGCCCCAGGAAGGUAAGCCCAAGAGGAGCCACUCAUUUGACAUGGGUCAUGUGGGGGCCACUCAGUGUCGCAGCAGCUACCCACGCAGGAUUAGUAACAUCUGGACUAAGCGCAGUCUGUCUGUUAACGGCAUGCUGCUGCAAUAUGACGACAGUGAGGAUGAGAAGCCCACUUUUGAGAGCUCUGAGUGGGUGAUGGAAAGCACAGUUUGAGUGGUGUUGUGCUAACCACGAGGAUGCCAUGUCUAAACAAUGAAUCUAUAUCAGGAACUAAAUAAUGUGAAUCUCGAAGCAGGGAUCCUACAGUUGGAAUCUGUCUUUGGGUAUUGCGUGAAGUUCAUCCAUGUGAAUACUGUCUAAAUAACUAUGAGAAAAGAGACUCAAAUCAGUAGAUUCCUGUCCACGAUCUCAAAUCUCUGACAGUGUCUGACUGUAUUUGAAAUAUUGUUUCGAACUUGAAACAACACAGAAUCUGGCAUUGUGCAAAUGGAAUAAUUCCCUAUCCACAGGGCACAUGAGAGAAAGGCAGAAAAGAACGCUGAGAAAUCCAAAGUGGAUUUCUUUGUCAUUAUCACAAGGACUGAAUGCCAAGAGGAUUUGCCUCAACUGUGGUGAACUGUACAUCACAAUGUCUUGGACCCUCAGCGUGAAAUUGGACUACUGCAACAGCAGAGAGAAGGACUAGAGGAGCAAAAAGAAAAUUAAAGCAAAGUCAUUUUUAUUUUCGUCUGGGUUUUUCUAUCAUUUUUACUAUUUAUUAUUUGAGGUGAUCCAUCAGCAGUGCAGAGGCACAGCUCUUUAGGUCAGAAUUGUCAGUAAUCAACAAAGAAGGGACACAUAGCUUCACAUACAGCCAUUUCACAUAAUUCAGCAGUACCUUCAGUCAAAUUUCAAUCAAUCAAAAAAUUGAAAACAUGGUUUAUAUCUAGGUAGUAGUUUGCCCUGUGCUAUAGAUAUGAGCAACCAUAACAAGCCAGUUUUGUAUUCCUACCUCAGGUUAUGUAUCAUAUGAGGUCCUUUAUACAGGAAAGCAAAUGGAUAUAUAUCAAAACCCAAAUGCAAAAUAUGGAUCAGAAACAGCUCAAAACACAAGGUUGUGUUCUUGUUCAUAAAUGCUUCAAACAAUUAUUUAGUCAAACCAAUCAGUUUCUGUUCAGGUUAACUUCUUGCUGUGACAAAAUGUCCUUCUGAAUGCCCUGAUACUAUCCCCAUUGGUUAACACCAGUAACAGUGGCUAAAAGGCCAUUGAUGUAAACACAGUGUUUGCCUCAAGCUUUGGUUUCAGAUUCUGUCAGCACAUAUUACAAAUGGGAAUCUACUUUGAUAUUCAUUCAGCUGUAAUUAUCUGUAGGUAUCACAAACAUGAGAGUAAGACAGUUACUCAUUAGCCAGGUUAAAUUGCAGAAUGAGUCCAAAUUGAAGUUUAUUAGCUUGAUGAAGGUCAUUGUGCUGUUUGGUAAAGGAUAUUAAGGGGAGAGAUUAGCAGAAAGAUCACUUUUUAAGAGGCACACCGUUGAAAAUUCGAUGGAAAUCGAUUUACCCCAGAUUGCAUGAUACAGAACCUUUGUUGGUUUGUGUAUUAUUUGAAUUGAUUCAUCUAAGGAACCAUUUAUCGUUCAUUCACUUCAUACAGAGCUGUACAUUGCAGUAAGAUACUGUGAUUUAGUGGCUAUUCAGAAUACUGCCUAUGAUCAACUGAGACGUCCCUACACAUUUUGAUGCCUUUCUUGAUAUCUUGUGGAUCUCUGCUGCAUUUCAAGAUGUGAGGUGGUCAACUUUUUUUCCCUUUUUUAAUUAUUUUCUUCCCUAGAUGUAUCGUUCUGUAUAUUGGCAUUUUUUGUACAAUAUCUGGGUGAGAAUGUAAAGGGGGGAAAUUGUGCAGUAGUACUUUUAUUUUCUUGUGAAGCAAACAGUGAGAAGGUGCUUUACUGUGGUGUAUGAACUUGGUCAUUGUUAGUUGGCUCACUGAAAUGGGAUUCUCCAUGGCACUGGAAGAAGUGGAAGACUAGCUAUUUUUAAAGGGUCACUUCAUGCAAAUUAUAGAAAAACAUAUUUUUCUGUCUUAACUUUAGUGGUAUCUAGUCACAUUGAUACUCUUGGUUUUAUUUGUGCAGCUUGAGAUAUCCUUCUAUGAGAUUUCUACCUCCACUGCAGUAGGGUUGGACUUGUGUUUAUACCCCAUAGUAGCUAUCUUUUUGAAGUCUCUGGUUGUAUUCAUUCUUUGUGGACAAUUUUGCACAUCAUCAAAAUGUGACGAAGUAUUUUAAGGUGUAAGUCUGGUGAUAUUUUAGAUUUUUCUCAUUGUCAACAAAUCCAACAAAAAGACCAAACCCAACAAUGAAUUGAUCAUACUUAUCAACUGAUCAUACUAAGAAUACUGUAAUGUGUAUGACACCAAUCCCUACCAACAGGUGAGUAUCUCACUGUCACGUCACACUCACACAAGUCAUGCAAUUAGACCCUCUUGUUCACAUAGUCUGAAACCGUUAAAUAUGCAGUUAUGAUUUGUAAACAAACCAUAUUCCCAUCAGCUAUGUGCUUGAGAUCAGAAGGAACCACUUGAGUAAAAGAUAGGU